AUGUCGUGCUUCAGAUGUGUCAAAGUGUUACAUCGUCAGAGGUACAACACCAACAGCAGCAGCAUUGAGCAGGAUAGAUGGUCAGUGAUGCCGCAAGGGGCUCCCUGCGCCUCGUGCCAGGGGCACCUGCCUCGGACCGGCAGCAGCCACCCCCCCUCGCCCCUCAGCCCAUGUACAUGCCCGCGCCCGUAUCAUGCUCGGCCUUCUGCUGCGCGCGCUGCGAGGCCUGCUGCUGCUGCAGCAGGCGCACCACCGCCCCUGCCUGCGCGGCGCGCGGCAGCUCGGCGAUGCGGGCCUGCACCGAGGGCGGCAGUGAGGCCAUGA